AUGACUAUCACGAAUAUGAAAAACACCCUUGACGCCCGCAGCAUGCGAGGUGCACGGCUUCUCCAGAUCAGCCAUGUGUUUGGCUUGGUCAGCCUACUCAUUCAAGCACCAGCACUCGUCGAGACGAAUUUUGAUCCCUACGUGUCAAAGUUCCAACGCAUUAUCGACUUAGCUCGUCUAGUGCUUGAACCCCAAAAGCAAGAAGUGACUGACAAAACUUUUAAAAUCGAGUUCGUGCUUGAUAUGCAACUAGUUGCGCCUCUUUACGCUGUUGCUCAUCGAUGCCGUGACCCCGUUAUCCGGCGCGAAGCGGUAUAUUUGCUGAAACAUCGCCCUUGGCGGGAAGGGCUCUGGGACAGUUCACUCGCUGCUGUCACAGCAGAAAAGAUAAUUUCCCUUGAGGAGGAGAGUCUAGUGAGUGUGACGAGCUGUCACGAUGUGCCUGAGUGGGCCAGAAUCAGAAAUGUAGAUGUUGAAUUUGAUGUUGAGGGGAGACUGGGAAAGAUCAAGUAUACUAGAAGGCGAGCAGAAGAUAACGGGACGAUGGAGGAGUAUGUUGAUCAGAUGCAAUGGUGA